CUCUCAACCCCACCCCCAACUCUCUUCUAUCAAAUCCAGGCCUCUCCUUUGUCUCUUUUCUCUUUGUUUCAGAUCACUCAGCUCUCUCUCAUUUUCCCAAAUCUCUCCUUAGAGGAUAUCAUGGCGAAUUCGUCGUCUGGAAUGGCUGUGCAUGAUGAAUGCAAGCUCAAGUUCUUGGAGCUAAAAGCAAAGAGGAACCAUCGGUUCAUCGUGUUUAAGAUUGAGGAGAAGAUCCAACAGGUGGUCGUGGAAACGGUUGGGAGUCCUGAUGAAACCUAUGAUGAUUUCACUGCCUCCAUGCCGGCCGACGAGUGCCGUUAUGCCGUCUUCGAUUUUGAUUUCACAACCAAUGAGAAUGUCCAGAAAAGCAAAAUUUUCUUCAUUGCAUGGUCACCUGACACGUCGAGGGUAAGGAGUAAGAUGCUUUAUGCAAGCUCCAAGGACAGAUUCAGGAGAGAAUUAGACGGCGUUCAAGUUGAGUUGCAGGCAACCGAUCCCAGCGAGAUGAGCUUGGAUAUCAUUAAAGGCCGAGCUCUCUAAUUCCCUAUUAUACAAAUCAAUCUGUUCCUCUUUUCGGGGGGUUUUUUUUUUGUUUAAUUUUUUUCUUUUGCUUUACUUAAUCUUUGUUUGGAUUUAAAUCUUAAUGUUUAAUGGGAUUUCUUGUAAUACAUGCUGGAGUUUAAUUUGUCGCAUGUUGGAUUUUCUUGUAUUCCAAUAUAAUUCUCGUACCC